AAUACAAUGAGCCCAGGACCAUUCCGUGAUGAUCAUCAACAAUCAAGGAAAGAAAUCACAGGUCCACGCCCAUCUCCUCUCAAGAUCAACAAAGAUUCUCAUCCAAUUCACAAAUCAUCUUCUUCAUCAAUGUCUUCAGCUCCUCCUCCUUCCUUCAAUGGUAUCGCCACCGCAACCAUGAAGCAGCAACAGCAUCAACAACCCAAUCAACAACAACAACAACAACAACAACAACGCCAUCAUCCAGUUAUCAUCUACACCCAUUCUCCCAAAAUCAUCCAUACACAUGCUCGUGAUUUCAUGGCUUUGGUUCAGAAACUCACCGGUCUUUCUCGCUCUGACGAUGACCGCGCCGCCGCCGCGGUACAACCUCAAUCACAAGAAGAGAAUGGAGAAUCUUCUUCAUCAGAAGUUGGUUAUAAUAAUAAUAACAAUAACAAGAAGAAGCCUUCUGUUGCUACUGCUGUUGUUCACGAAGACAAUGAAUCAUCUUCAGUUGUGACAGAUGAGAAUUAUGGAGGAGGAGGUGGAGGAGGAGAAAUUCAGGUGACCUCAUCUUCCGUUUCACCAUUGGUUUUCGAGCCACCGCCGAAUCCUUUCUUCUCGGAUAUACCACUAUUUACACCGAAUUCGGCAGAUUUCUUUUGCUCGCCGCGGCGAUUUUAUAGAUAUCCUGAUUCAGUAUUCACGCCUUCCAACAUGGGGAGUUCGAUUUCACCAUCAUUCCUCGAAGUUAUGAAAGGAUUCCCAGGAUAUUAAUCAGGUUCAUCAGAAGAUUUUAUUCUAGCUAGUGAUCAGAGUUUCCGAAUACAUGGAUAAUUUUCACACUUGUUGUUCAUAAAUGGAUCAAACUUUUUUUUUUUAAUUUUCU